GCCACUAAAUGCUAAAUCUUUCCGGCAGCGUCCUGCCAUUGUUUGAUUAAGUCAUAUAAUGUCGCCUACACAUUUAUUGCUCCUAUUGGCUCUGGCAAUCUCCCUCACUUUCAAGACUCAAGCUGUCUUCUCUGGGAACGAGACUCUGACCACCCACACCUCCGAGGGUGAGGCUGCCAACGCGCCCAGGAGGCUUCGGCGUUCAUCCCCUGUAGGAGGUUACUGCCUGGCGCGGGGCUGCUGUCUGGGAAGAGACGAUAAAUGCUUUGUCGACUUCCCACAAGAAAACGGCGGCGUGUGCUACUGUGACACCCACUGCCUUCACGACUGCUGCCCCGACUUCUUGGCGGCAUGUCAUCCGGGAGAAGCAGCAACAGAGAGCCCCCCGAUAGAGACGCCCGCUGGCCAGCGGGACGAAGAGACAAAAGGAACGUACUGCGAAAAAUUUGGCUGGUGCGCCGGAAGAGACGACAAGUGCACGGCCCCCCUUCCCGAGAGGAACGCCACCUGUUACUGCGACUCCUUCUGUGGCACUCACUCGUGGGAGGGCAGUGACUGCUGUCCGGAUUACUGGAGCUUCUGCCGUUCCGGUGCCGUCCCCACCAGACCACCAACAACAAAAUGGCUGCCGGCACCAGCAACAACCAGGAAAGUCACCGGUUGUUCUAAAAACGGGAACGAGUAUGAAAACGGAGCAACCAUUAAAGACAACUGCAACUUCUGCACAUGCAGACAGAGCCAGUGGGAGUGCAGCGAGUUUGUGUGCCUCAUCCGACAGGAGCUGAUAGACUCAAUAAAUGGACAUCAAGUUGGUUGGAUGGCGGGAAACUACAGUCACUUCUGGGGGAUGACCCUCGAAGAAGGCAUUAAGCACCGCUUGGGAACUGAUGAACCAUCGCCGUCCAUCUUAGAAAUGACUGAAAUGAAAGUAAAGGCCGAUUUAAGCAACGGUCUUCCAGACUUCUUCACAGCUUCCUAUAAAUGGUCAAACUGGAUCCACGGGCCGUUAGAUCAAGGAAACUGUGCGGCUUCUUGGGCUUUUUCCACAGCAAGUGUGGCAGCUGACCGAAUUGCGAUUCACUCCCAGGGACGGAGGACGGCCAACCUUUCCCCACAGAAUCUCAUAUCGUGCAACACUAAAAACCAGAAUGGCUGCCACGGAGGGAAUGUCGCAAACGCAUGGUGGUAUCUGAGGAAAAACGGACUCGUGUCCACUGAAUGUUAUCCUUUCAUGAAUGGCCACUCGUAUGAGAGCAGCUGCAUGAUGCGUAGUGAGAAGUCCAACGAACGUGGAAAGAGGCACGCGGUGACCCCCUGCCCCAGCAGCGCGCUCCACUCCAACGAGAUCCACCUGUGCACGCCGGCGUACAGGAUCUCCUCAAAUGAAACAGAAAUAAUGAAGGAAAUCAUGGAGAAUGGGCCUGUGCAAGCCAUAAUGCGAGUCCAUGAAGACUUUUUUCUGUACAAAGGGGGAGUCUACCAUCACACCAGUGCGGCAGCAAAGGAGAAUCGACGCCAGGGGACUCAUGCAGUGAAGUUAGUGGGGUGGGGGCGCAAGAAACAAAAUGGAGGAGGCAUAAUGAAGUUUUGGAUUGCUGCCAAUUCCUGGGGGACAUGGUGGGGAGAGGACGGUUAUUUCCGCAUUCUUCGAGGAGUUAAUGAGUGUGAUAUCGAGAAGUUAAUUAUUGGAGCCUGGGGUUAUGUGGACAUGUUGGAUUAUCCACCACACGAAGAGUACGACACCUGAUCCUCGGGCGAGACCACCAAGCUCUGACCUGGGAGGGCUGCCAUGGCUGCAGGCUUACACUCCAAGUCAGUUCUGCUGUGUAGGCAGAUGUUCCUGGAAUCAUUCCUUUUCUUCUUC